AUGUCUUCUGCUAGUCAUUUAGACAAUGUCACAGACACCGAAUGGUUAGAAGAUCUUCUAAAAGAAGUUCAACUAGAACAGUUCCUAGAACGUAUACGAGAUGAUUUGCAAGUGUCACGCCUUGCCCAUUUCGAUUAUGUACAGCCGGAAGAUUUGGAACGUUGUGGUUUGGGUAAGCCGGCCAUAAGACGUCUGAUGGAGGCAGUCCGCAAGAAAAAGGCUCAACAAUGGCGUAAAAAUAUUCUCUCUAAAUUGAUUGGCGGCGGUAAACAACCCUCCUCGAAAAAGUCAUCAAAUACCAACAACAAAGAACAACAAAAUACUCAGCUAACCUGUCUGAUACACGAAAAGGACAUCACACUGCAUCAAAAAUUGGGUGAUGGAUCAUUUGGUGUGGUGCGUAAAGGUGAAUGGCUAACAGCUCCAAAUGGAAAAACCUUACCGGUUGCAGUUAAAGUCCUUAAGGCUGACAAUUUAACCCAACCCGGCAUCAUAGAGGAUUUCUUCCGUGAAGUCCAGGCUAUGCAUGCCUUGGACCAUUCAAAUUUGGUGCGUUUAUAUGGUGUGGUGCUAUCCCAACCCAUGAUGAUGAUAACAGAGUUGGCCGAAAGAGGUUCCCUGUUGGAUACUUUGCGUAAGCAACUGAAGCACACUCCCCUCACCACAAUAUGGAAUUGGUCGGUACAAAUUGCCACUGGUAUGGCGUAUUUGGAACAAAAACGUUUUCUCCAUCGCGAUUUGGCUUGCCGUAAUGUCCUAUUGGCCUCCGGGAAUAAAAUUAAAAUUGGUGAUUUUGGUCUAAUGCGUGCUCUACCCCAGGAGGAUGAUUGCUAUGUUAUGUCAGAACAUAAAAAAGUUCCUUUCCCCUGGUGUGCUCCAGAAUCUUUAAGAUUUCGACAAUUUUCACAUGCCUCUGAUACCUGGAUGUUUGGUGUAACCCUAUGGGAAAUGUUUACAUUUGGUGAAGAUCCCUGGGUGGGUUUGAAUGGUUCACAAAUUUUACGUAAAAUUGAUAGGGAAGGAGAGCGCUUACAUCAUCCCGAUGCCUGUCCACCAGAUGUCUAUGAAUUGAUGUUACAGUGUUGGGAUAAGACACCGGCUGAGAGGCCCACCUUUGCGGCCAUUAAAGAAUUUUUGGUUGGUGUCUCACCCCAGGUUGUCAAAGCAGCCAAAGCCUUUAACGAACCCAAUCGUUUGUCAAUUGAGGCCGGCGACAGCAUUGCCAUCAUUGAUGGCCGUCCCGAAUUAAAAUUGAUCAAAGGACAAAACCAAAGAACAUUUGAUAUUGGCAUUUUUCCACGUCACAUUUUGGAGAAGAGCAAGCCAACGAAUAGUGAUCUCAUACGUCAUAAUCACGAAAGCCUUCGUGCAACGGGUCAUUCAGGUUCCCCAUUUGGUUUUUGUUGGGGUGGUGCUGGUACCAUGGCUCCUACUGCAAGUGAAAUGCAUGCGGAAAGGGCUCGCAAAACCAACUCCUUGCAGGCACAUUCCAUGCAACAACUCCACCAUGCCAAAGAACGAAAGUCUGUGGUGAAUAAACAAUUUUCCUAUAAUAAAUUGGUUAAUGAAAGGGCUGUGGAAAUGCAAAGAUAUCAACAGCAGCAGCAACAACAACAGCAGCAGGGCAACAAGAAAAAAGGACCACAAAGGCCUCCACCACCUCAACAACAGCAGCAACAGGAGGGUUUACUUAUUGACAUAUCACCGGAAUUUGGUGGUGUAGGGCCACCUCAACAGGGACCCCUAUUGCACUUGGGUGAAAGUGCCUCAAUGCAUGUUGAUAGUUCGUUUUGUAUUCUCGAUGCACCCAUAGAUGUACCCACAGAGGGAGACGGUGAAUAUUUGGAUAAUGACAAUACGUCUGUAAUGCCACAUACCCCAACAAUGCCGACGACACAAAUGCAAUCACAAACACAAUUUGAAUUUGCUGGUGCUUCCCCUUCACGUUUGCAUCCACCCCCAUAUCAAAUGCCACCCACCUAUUCAAAUACAUUGGAAUUUAGUCAGCAGCAACAACAACGUGGUAGCGAUCCAUUUGAUACAAGUAAAAUAAAUAUAAAUGGUACAUCCAGCAAUCAGUCAGCUGGGGGUAAUAACGAUGAUAUUAAUGCCUUAUACUCGAAUGUAAUGAAAAUUCAACAGCAACAACAACAGGAUACUCCUUUAAGAAAUACUUCCCUGCAAAAUUCCAAUUCCAACUAUAAUAGUCCAGCUGCACGCAAAAGUCUUUUCGGCGUCGGUGCUGUACCCAAUUCAACAUCUGCUUCCAACAUCUCCAUAACGGGUAACAAAGAAAAUAUACCACAGAUAACAAAUGAAACAACACAAAAUCUUCCAAGCCUUAGACAAUACGAAGCGUUACAAACACAACAAGCUUCCGCAAUAUCAGCCGCAGAAGAUUCAGCGUUGCAGAAAAAUCUAAGUACCCUUUCGCUGGAAAAACAAACGACACAACAAACCACAGUGAAUGAUGCCCAAGUUGUUUUGGAUAAGAAUUUCAUAGCCGAACUGGAAAAGGAUAUGUAUUCGAAUAAGGGACAUAAUGAUUUUGAACGCAACACAACACAAAUGUACACGAACAAGGAAGCUGUCUAUGCCAAUAAACAAAAUUUAACACCAUUGAAAAAUUCCUCAAAUUCUCUUUCGAAUAAUUCAAGUCCCUCCUCGAACAAUGGUGCUUCGCCAAAAAUGCACAACACCGAUAGGCAGAGUCAAUAUGCUAGCAGUUCAAUAUAUGCCGCCAGCAAUCAGGACAUGCAAAAACAAAAUAAUCUAGAAAAUGCCACAGCUGCCAGUGACGUUUCCAAUACGACGCAAAGUGUUGUAAAUCGCAUCUGGUAUGAACGUGUUGCCAAUCAAUCGGAGUAUUAUGCCCAACCCACAGCCGAGAAUAUAUAUUCCAAUCAGGGAAUUUAUCAAGCCACCCCUGCCGCCGCCACCACCAACCAAGAAGCCAAUCAUGGUUUUGUGGCCGUUUCAAAUCGUGUUGUCCCGCCUAAAACAGGCAAUCAAGUCUAUGCCUCAUCUGCAUCCAUCUAUGGUAGUGUUACGGGUCCGGGUAUAUAUGACUCAGUCGCUCCCACACCUUCAACAUAUUAUGGACAAGUGCCUCUCAGCCACAUGCCUGGGAAUGGACAAAUUUAUUCAAACGGUGGUGGUGUUCAACCGGCAAUUUAUGAUGAAGUUGCAGGUGAUGAUUAUCUUAGACCACAUCGUCCGGCACCAUUGGCACCACCACAAUUAUCGGCUCAACAAAUUCAACGUCGUUUGGAAAAACUAAAACGACAACAAGAAGCCCAAAUGGAGGGUAGUAAUAAUCUAUAUGCCCCUAUACCAUCCGAAUACGAAAGGGAACAACAAAAGCUGCAACAAAUGAUGCAAGAUCUUGGACCAAAUGCUCAGGAAAUUGAUGUACGCAAUGCAUUGCGUGCUGCAAGUGGUGAUACUACAUUGGCUAUACGGCAUUAUAAAAUUGAUCAACUGUCAAGAUUGGGUGUUGCUAAUCGACCACUGUGCGAACAAGCUUUACAGAAAACCGGAUGGAGUUUAGAAUUGGCGGCAGCUGUUUUAUUGGAAUCAACAUCGUAA